AUGCGAAGCCUUAUAUGUAUCAUUGCCCUUGUUGGGCUCGUGGGAGCCGACUCAAUUAUUCUGGAAAACGGAUGUCCGGGUGACAACCCGAAGAAGGUAUGCCGGAUUGAGCUGGAGACGUUGAAGGGAGCGCCGGGAGGGGAUUGCCCAUUGUUUUCGACUCCGGAACGUUCAUGCUCGGCCAACUCAAACCCGGAAGAAUUAGCUACCGUACCACCAAUUGUCGAGGCGUCUACCCCCGAGGGAAUGACCACCGGCCGUACGGUAGAACAGGACGAAAACGUGACCAUCAUCACCUGGACCGGGAACAAUGCCAAUGGGACCACGAUUCUGAAUGCGACCAGUAUUUGGAGCCGACCGCCUGGGAAUAUUACGAUAGCCACAGUCUCCAAAAAAGCCCUGCCAAAGGACGAGGAACUCCAAAAAGCGACCUGUGUCUGCAAGCCGACCGGAAUCGAUGUGAACGCCAAGGCAGCGAAUCAAUCUUUGAUCACAGCCCUGCUCUCUAACGCCGGAAACCGGAAAAAGCGUGAUCUUGACACUGACGAAGAAGCGUCUGGACUAUUGAAAGUCAUCAAAGCCGCCCAGGAACAUGUUGAUCAACACCUGGAGGAAGUAGAUGGGGUCCGCCCAAAACGCAUGAUGAACGUAGAAGACGCACUAGCCCAAUCCCCAUACGACGCAGAUGGCCAAGUGAACGUGACGAAGCACCAGCCGAAAAAGCCGAUGCGAUUCCAGAGGAGCCCUUUUACGGAAGAAGCACAGGAGCUGGCGUCUGAGUCCGAAGCUACCGAAGCUUCUCAAGUCCCGGAAGCCGUUGAAGCGCAUCAGACUACGGUAACCGCCGCGACCUCUGAAGCUACGGAGGCCAUGCGCCGAAAGCGGGAAGCCGAGUCGUACCUCAUCGAUUUUGAGCCCGAGGUUAAUGAGGUUUUGGAGGAACCGAGCUCUGGUGCACCGAGAGCAAAGCGCGAGGUCGAAAUGACUGAAAAUCCAGAUGAAGUCACUUCUGAAGUUUCAAAAGCUAAACGUUGCGCUGAAGCUAAGAAAGCGGAAGUCCAAGAGGGUACAUCUGAAGCUCCAAAAGUGAAGCGGGAAGCUGUCGAUGAGAUUGAAAGCACCACUCCCAAGCCCGAAGAAGCGACUUCUGUAGCUUCGAGGUCGAAACGGGAAGCUGUGGAUGAACUUGCUAGCCCCACUACCGACCCGGCAGCUGCGACAUCUGAAGCUCCAAAAGCCAAGCGUGAAACUGAAGAUGAACUAGAGAGCACCACCCCCAAUCCUCAGGCAGCCACUUCAGAAGUUUCAAAAGCCAAACGUGGAGCUGAGGCCGCAAUUGAAGCGGCUACCGAAAAGCCUGACGAAGCCACUCCGGAAACUCUAAAAACCAAGCGUUGCGCCGAAGCUCCGAAAGCUGAUGCUAACCAAGGUACUUCUGAAGCCCCAAGAGCCAAGCUUCAAGCUGAAAGUGAAGCUACUGAAGCUACGACCGAAAUACCAAGAGCCAAGCGGGAAGACGAUGCUGAGAAAUCCGAAGCUACUAUAGCUGAUGCUCCUCAGACCACUUCUGAAGCCCUAAAAGCCAAGCGCCAAGCCGAGGAUGAAGUCAGUGAAGCGAUAAAAGCAGCUACGACGGAAAUACCAAGGGCCAAGCGGGAGGAUGAAGCUGGAAAAUCUGAAGCCACCGCUACCCUCGUUACCUCGAUUUCUCCGAAGAAAGAAACGGCUUCUGACGCAAAUUUAUCUACGUCGACGACGCUUAGUUCAGAUUCUGCAGCCAAUAUCGUAGCUUUGAAUGCUACCCUAGUCGAAGUCGAAAUCCCUCCAAUCAAACGCUCAGCUCCGAACGCUACUAUUGACGAGCCAUGGGCAAGCGAUGACGAAAUUCCGGUUCAGGUUGUCGAAAACCCUAACUUUGAAACCGUACACGAACCCAGUGUUGAUAAUUCGACUACGUCCAGGGCUCGACUCCUUCUUCAUAAUUCGACAAGAAUCGAGGAGGUUACGGUAGCCGGAACAACUACGAUAACUACUAAAAACGAUGGAACUAACAAAAAUGAGAAAAUUACGCCACACAAUUCCACCGUAACUACCGUACCCCCAGUGCAAGACCCGAUUGCUGAGAUUCUGAAUAGCAACCAGACUACCGUAGUCGAGGGGCAUGAAGCAGCCAUUUUGGAAACGGAAAAUCUCCAACACGCUAAAAGAGAGGUAGAAAAUGCUCCAGCCAACGUGGUACCCGAGGAUGACGUCACUGGUGCUCCAGAGGAGGAGAAGAAGAUUCAGAAGCGCUCGGCCCAAUUCAAGCCAGAAGCCAACUGGCGUGACAAUGUCCUCAUGCCAAAA